AUGCCGUUCCUCAACGAGGUCGAGACUCCCACCCCUAAGUGUGCCUUUGAGAAGCUCGUCCAGGACCUUGGCGAUGCCCUAGCCCCGAACUCAGGCCUUGAUUCUGACAAUGUCGAUCCCAAGGACAUACAACGUCUGAUGGAGAACUAUGUCUCGAACUCAGACGAGUGGACUCCAUAUGCGCCGGGUGAUGCGACUAGGGCAUACACCCGAAACCUGAUUGAUGAGGGAAAUCGAAAGAGCAACUUGCUGAUCCUCGUCUGGAGCCCUGGCAAAGGGAGUGCAAUCCAUGACCACGUUUCCCACUCCGUGAUGAAGAUCCUGAAAGGCAAACUCCAAGAAGAUCUUUACUCUUGGCCUGACCAAAAGAAGAUCGCCAAGGGUGAAGACUCGCCACCCCAGCUCACUAAACAAACCGUCUACGGGGAGAACGAGGUGACUUAUAUGUCGGACACGCUCGGCUUGCACCGAAUCUCCAAUCCGGAUCCCAAUGACUUUGCCGUCUCACUCCAUCUCUACACGCCACCCAAUAACGCCCUCAGUGGAUUCAGCAUUUUCGAUGAACGAACUGGCGAGGCUAGGCACAUCAAGCAGUCGAACUAUUAUUCUUUCCAAGGUCUGCGCUACGAUGAUAUCUUACCGUCUGCGCUCCGAUCAUGA